UGUUGGAUGUCUAUCUUGACUUUGCAAGGAAAAAAACAAGUUUCUGUGCUGAUCUUCAUUUUAACCUCACCUCUAAUACGCUAAGUAUAGUUUAUCUACAGCAAUGGACUCAAGAUUCAUUGUCUUGUGCUUGAUGCUCCUGUCAUCCUCCUGCACUGGAAUCAAACUGGAGGGAAAUGGAUACACUGAUAUUGUGGUUGCGAUCAGUUCAGGAGUACCACAAAACAACACACUUAUUGAGAGAAUAAAGGACAUGUUCACUGAGGGUUCAAUGCAUCUGUUUGAAGCAAUGGACAACAUGGUCUAUUUUAGAAAAGUAACAAUACUAGUUCCACCUCAUUGGAGCAGUAAGGAUUUUACCAAAGCCACAACAGAAUCCUAUGAGAAGGCCGGAAUAAGAAUUGAUAAAGCUAAUCCAGGAUAUGGUGAUGCUCCGUACACAAAGCAGUAUGAAGAUUGUGGAUCGGAGAAUGAGUACAUUCACUUCACCCCAGACUUUUUCCUAAAUGAUGAUCUCAAACACUUUUACGGUUCAAGAGGAAGGGUCUUGGUGCAUGAAUGGGCUCAUCUGAGAUGGGGGGCGUAUGAUGAUUACAAUGAAGAAAAUCCAUUUUAUUUUUCUAAUGGAGUUCAGGCUACAAGAUGUAGCAAACACAUCACAGGCCAGCAAUCAGAGGAAGUUGCAUUUUGCAGAGAAGAUGAGCACAAUGCUGCAGCCUCAAACCUACAAAAUGAGAAAUGUGGUAACAGAGCUACAUGGAAAGUAAUAUUUGAGGAUUCUGUGGACAGUGAUGCCCUAAAAUCUCUGCAACCGCUGCAAUCUCCUCCACCAGCACCAUCUUUCACUGUUGUACAGAGAAAGCAGCGUGUCGUUUGUCUCAUCCUUGAUGUUUCAGGAAGCAUGAAAGGCUCUAGGAUUCUUCGACAGCAGCAAGCCGCCACACAUUUCCUGCAGUACAUCAUUGAAGAUCAAGCCUAUGUUGGAAUUGUAAGCUUUAGCACUGAAGCUUACAUUCUUAAAAAAUUGACUCGUAUUGACAAUGAGACCACAAGAAAGAAGCUGAUCAAAUCAUUGCCAACCAUAGCAGACGGGUGGACAUACAUCUGUAAAGGCCUCAGUAAAGGCUUAGAGGUACUUAGAGAGGACAAUUUGGAUGCAUUAGGAGAUGAAAUAAUUUUUCUCACUGAUGGUGAGGCGACAGACAACCUCACUACUUGCGUUCCAGGUGCAAUAAAAAGUGGUGCCAUUAUACACACGAUAGCUUUGGGUACAUCCGCUGCCCAGGCUCUGAGGCACAUGGCAGACAAGACUGGAGGGAAAUUUAUCAUAGCCACUGAUGAUUUAACCUCCAAUAUGUUAGUGGAUGCAUUUGCUUCACUUACAAUACCAACUGGAGACUACACAAAAGAACCAGUUCAGCUUGAGAGUGCUGGAAUAAGAACAGCUGGCUGGUUUAAUGGAACUGUAUCAGUGGAUCCCACUGUUGGUAACAAAACCAGCUUUUUAAUCAUAUUUGAAAGCAGUUUACCUACUGGUUUCAUACAGUCGCCAAGUGGGUACAUCUACAGUUUGAGAGAUAUGAUUUCAGAUACAACAGCGAAGACAAUCACGCUAAAAAUUCCAGGAACUGCAGAGGCUGGUGACUGGAAGUACAGUAUUCUAAGUGGAACAUCUCAGUCUUUGACUAUAACCUCAACCAGUCAAGCAGCACAUGCUGAUGUUCCUCCUAUCAUUGUCAAAGCUCAUGUUAACCAACAGGUUAGUAACGGCAGUAAACCGAUGAUUGUGUUUGCUGAAGUUAGUCAGAACUACAGAUCUAUAGUUAAUGCUGAAGUGUGGGCCACACUGGAGCCUGAAACUGGUGCCCCAGAGAUAAUACAGCUCCUGGAUAAUGGUGCAGGAGCUGACGCUUUCAAAGAUGAUGGGAUCUAUUCCAGAUAUUUCACAAAGUUAGUGAAGGGUAGAAGCAGCUUGAAAGUGCGAGUGAGGAAUAAAGAUGGACAAGCCAGGUUUACUCUCCACAGGAAGAGUGACGUGGUGAAUGAUAAAGUGAAGCUGAACCUGCCAAAGCCUCCAGUUAAAGAACAACCACUUGUGGUAGGAAACUUUACCAGAACAGCCACUGGAGAAAGUUUUGAGGUGUCUUUCGUUUCAGGAGCAAAACCACCAAAUUACCCUCCUAACAAAAUCACAGAUCUUAAAGCUGAAAUCAAGGAAGACACUGUAUUUCUCACCUGGACGGCUCCAGGGGAGGAUCUUGACCUGGGAACAGCUAAAUCCUACGAGAUCAGAUGGAGCAAUGACCAUGAAAUGCUUCUUCUGAACUUCAGCGAUGCUUCUUUAGUAAACACGUCUGCAGUCUCACCUCAAGAGGCUGGAUCAGUUGAACAACAUUCAUUUAACAUGAUAAUCCAAAAUGGUGCCACCAUCUUCUUUGCUAUUCGGUCUGAAGACAAAGAUGCUGUGAAAUCUAAAAUAUCCAACAUUGUUCAUGCAACAAAGGUCCUGUCUGCUUCAGGCCUGAAUUUUAUAAUUAUUAUCAUUUCUGUUUGUGUGUCAACUAUAUCUGUAUGUUUUUGUGUUGUUGUAAAACGAAGAUGUUAAUUCCCUAAAAAUUCACAAUUACUAAUAAGUAUUAGAAAAUAAGAAUUUGACACAUCAGCAUUUUUAUCAGUAAGGGGAUUUCUAAGUGGCCUAUUGACACAAAAUUUCCACCAGAUGUUGCCAUCAAGCCAAAUAUUGAAUUUAUUCAAAGAAAUCAGAACAUUUAAGUAUAAAAGUUGAGUCAUAAUAAAUAAAGUGAAAUGACACAGGGAAUAAGUAUUGAACACACUUUAGUUAAUACUUUGUAGAAAAGCAUUUGUGGUGAUUACAGCUUCUAUAUGCCUCUUGUAUUGAGAGACCAGUUGUCUGCAUUGCUCAGGAGGAGUGAUUCUGGACCAUUCUUCCACACAAAUGAUCUUUAAAUCUUGAAGGUUCCUUGGGCCUCUUUUAUUCAAUAUUUGUCUUGAUGGCUACAUCUGGUGGACAUUUUGUGUCAAUAGCCCA